CACAGACACAGAGAGAAAGAGAGGGAGAGUUGCGUAACUUGGGGAAGUUUUGUGGAGCCAUCGAUCAGUGGACUCGUCUUGUUUUUUCUGAUGUCAGUGACACCGCGGAGCGCCGAUCGUCGCCUGCGUCACUUUUUCACCGGACUUGUCUGAUUGAGUUUGAGACCGACAGGGAGCCUCUGCCGCUCAGCAAGGCAGCUGAGAAACUACCGUCUCUGCUCCUGGAAUAGACCUCAACCUCCAUCUGAGAAGAGCCUGGCCUGUGCAGCCAUGCUGAUGUAUGACUACCCUCUGAAGACAGACAUGGAGACGUCAUUCUACUCUUCGUUAGUUAAAACCCCGGAGCCAUACGGCGUGAUCUACUCCCACCCAACCCAUCUCUACCACCCUACGCACGUGCACACCUUCACCCAGUCCCACUCCCACUCCCCCAGCAACCCCACACACACCCAGCUGGAGCCCGUGGACCUGUCAGUCAGCAAGCGGUCCUCCUCCACCUCUUCUUCCUCCUCCCCUCCCUGCUCCUCCGCCUCCUCCCCGGCCUCCUCACGCAGCUCCCCGCCUUCACCUUACAGCUCGGCGAGCCGCGCCUCCCCGCGCUGCUCCCCGCCACACUCCCAUCUGCGCUCCUCCCCCUCCCACGCUCUCCCACCGCCCACUUCCUACCUUCCUUACCCCGUGGUGGCCCCUCUGAUCAGCUCUGGAUCCGGAGUCAUCCAGGGGUCAGGGGUCAUGGUGUCACCGGUCAUGGUGCCUCUGUCUGUCCUCUGCUCCUCGCCUCUUCUGCACCCGUCGAUAAUGAUGAACCCACCUGUCGCCAGCGAUGAUGACCAUCAUCGAAGCAGGGCACAAAAGACAGUUCACAGCAGCGACAUCCAUGACCUACACAGGCCAAUCAAAACAGAGCCUCGCUCUGAGAUCACUCAUGACCUUCAGAGCAGCCAGGAGAUGAAAUCAUCAGUCAUCAGGAUACCACACGAAUACGGGUGUAACAACACGUCGGUAAUAGUUCAUUCAGGUGCAAAGCAUCCUCUCCCUGCCGAGUCUCCUGACACACUGAAAAAGCGGCGAAUUCACAGAUGUGACUUCAACGGCUGCAACAAAGUGUACACCAAGAGCUCCCACCUCAAAGCACACCGCAGGACACACACUGGUGAGAAACCCUACAAGUGCAUGUGGGAAGGCUGCACGUGGAAGUUCGCCCGUUCAGACGAACUGACGAGACACUUCCGCAAGCACACGGGGGUCAAACCGUUCCAGUGCCCCGACUGUGAACGCAGCUUCUCUCGUUCUGACCACCUGGCUUUGCACAAGAAACGGCACCUGCUGGUGUGAAACCCUCUGAAACCGGGCAGCUUGAAAGAAACAUGGUGCUGGUUUCAACGUUGGACUUUACCACUUUGACUUGAGGGGGGAUUUUUACAGAGGUGGCCUUACACGUUGGACUCCGACGGGGAGUGGGGAAAUGUUCCUCAGGGUGCAAGUUAAGACCCUUUCACCUCAUUAGCUUAAAAAUGAGAUGGUGUCAGUCUAUUAAUUAUCUACCCAUCCUGUUUGCAGUUUUAUCAGCAGCUCAUUUUGACAUUAUAAUAGAAAUAAGGUUGUCAUACCACACCUCUGAUCAGCUGUGGACGGUCCAGGCGCUUUAAAAAAAAAGAGGAUGCAGCAUCUCAGCUGGCCUGAGAGCAGCGCCCUCUAGUGGCCGCACAACCAAACUGCACCGUUCUGUUUAAGCCACAUACAGCAUGCUCAAGCUUCUUUUGCAACAUCAGCUCUCAUUUCUCUGCAUGCAUUCAAGAAAAGAUUGUGGACCACACACACACACACACACCCACACACACACACAUUAUUUGCUAGCUACGCCAAUAUAAUGUGAAAAUUUCCAGAAUGUAUCAUAUCACACCUACUGUGCAUCGUGUCAUUCAGCUUUCUUUCACCAACGCAGCUACCUGUGUCAUAACGCUAAUGCUAUCUCCUCCAUAAUGGACCACCACAAUAAAAACACCACACACCUCAUCUGCCUCUACAAGCUUACAUCAUGAAGUGACUUUAAAAAAAAGAAAACAGGUAGCUAUUGCUCGCUUUCCCUUGUACAUACAUGCACAUGUUUAACGGCACACACAGCAAGAAAACAUGCACUUAAUAAAAGCAGCCUCAGUCUGGCGUGCUUUUGGUAUUUGGGAUGGAAAAUAAAGGGGGGACUGUGGGUCUCGGUCAUUGUCGGAGUGAAGUGUUUUUUAUGUUUUCAUUCAGAAAUGUGAAAGUUGCUGCACAGGGGCAUUAUUGUGUUAGUGAGGAAAAGACACCACUCGGUUGGUUUAAGGGUAGAAGCAAUGAAAUGUCUUAUAUCAAGUUUUUGUAUCUAUAUGAACUAUUGUUUGGUUUGUGAUGUGACACAAUGGUAGCCUUUUUUAUUGUAUGAAACCUUUAUAUGGGAAAAAUACAAAGUGCAAAGCAGGGAAAUUUGCUCUUUUUUUCCCUUUCAGGAGCAGAUGAGUUUCAUUCCAGCCCGCCACACAGCAUAUAUAACUUUAAAGAAAAUAAUUAAACAGUUUUUCUUAAUAGAAGGUCAUAUUCUUGUCAAAUUUUUGAACACCACCACAAUUUUAGAGCACAACUUCCUGUUUUUACAGCUUGUGGAGAAGAAAAUAGUUUUGUUUGUAGCGCCUUUGUACAUGUCUCCAAUGUGCACUUUAUAUAUAAAACAUUCCCAAAGCCAAAUAUUUUCUAUUCAUGUCAGUUUUGCUUUCAGUACAUCUGCUGGGCAGUUUGAUCAGAAGCAUUUUACUGGUGUUUCGGUUUAUUUUCUAAUCACAUAAUGCCAGAAGAAGGUUUUACACACACAAAAACACACACACACACACCGAAUGUAGCGGCUCAACUGAUCUGCAUUUUGCCCCUGGAUGUUCUUGGCGGUUUUUGCUUGUACAUGUUUUUGUAUUUUAUGCAAACAUAAGUUGUAAUAUAUAUAUACAUAUAAAUAUAUAUAUAUUUUAUAAUUGAUCAUUAGACUGAAAGGGCAAUUAAAGGUUUUUAUUAAGCAUGAUUUUGAUACUCAUAAUAAUGGAUAUUAUACAUUUCUGUAAUGUUCUGUCUGUAAUAAACCCUAUCUCUUUUUAAUCUAAACAUUGGCAAUUCAAAGGGAACAUGUUAAACUGUGAACAUAUAACUGUACAGGUCUAUUUGCAAUUUUGCAAUUAUUUUAAGACGGAAUAUUCAUACCACUUAAUAAACUUAUUGAUAAUA